UAUGUACAAAGUCCACAAGUACGCCCCCAAAAUACGUAGAACGAAACUCCUGGAUACAUUAACGACAGAUGGCGGAAGGUGGCCCCUGGCGUGAUAAGUCGGAUGAUGAACGUGUUCCACGGAACAGCUGCCUUCACAGUCGUCACUCUCUAGUAAGUUCAAUGUGAAAAGGCCUCCGUAGAGACAGGUACUAUCAUGAACUGCCUGGGGUAUGGGUCUCACAUAAGAAAGGCACGGAGAGACGCCUUCAGGGAGCAUGAUAGGCUGCAGUCUGCACGGGUACCUGGAACACUAAUAAUAACUACGGGUAGUAAGGCAGAGGGACUGACACGCUUGUUUGAAAGUGACACAGAUCAACUUUAUGUAGUUAGAAGCAUCAUAUGUUUAGAAGGUGGUGUCUAUGCUGAAAGAUUACCAAGGGGGACUAUUGUGUUUACAUUAAACACCGACAUGUGCUACCACGGACAUUGUAGGCUUCAUUUACAAGAGCGACAUGGUACAAUAAUACCAACUUUAAUUCGCGAUGCUCUGUGUGAGGAUGAAAAUGGGCAGGUUCUCCUGAGUAGUACGUUAUAUUUUGAUCUCAACAAUAAGGUAGAUUUAGGCAAGGUGCGUCAUGAACGUGCAGGACCAUCAAGGCCGAGGUCCUAUGGGCCCUGGCAUAUAGACAAUGUCCAUUCUAUACGCUGUCACUGUCCUGGCAUACUAUUGAGAUGGGCAGAACGUAGUCGCUAUUGGCCACCCCCGGAUAUCGUUCACAAAGUUGUAAGAAUGGGAGCAUUUGUGACACCUGUUGGUUUUAAGGGUAGCAAAUAUCAACAUGUAGAAUGGCGGAUCUGUUUUAAUACUGGUGAGAAUGAACUUAUGAGUAGUCUCAAUAACACCCAGGUGUACGUAUAUGUUAUAUUGAAAAUGGUGGUUAAGGAUGUUUUAAAGCCAGUAAAGAAAGAAAUUACAUCAUACACAGUGAAAAACAUUGUAUUGUGGCUUGUGGAGAACAAUCCACAAGCACAGUUCAAUGAAAGCAGUUUGUUGUAUUGGCUUCGGGAAGGAUUGGAACAACUAAGAACGGCAAUAUCAAAGAUCCAACUGCCAUAUUAUAUGAUACCAGAAAGGAAUCUAAUGGCAGCAUGCGGACUGGAUGAAGGGCAAAAGCGUACAUGGGUAAAUACUAUCACGGACAUGAUGAACGAAGGUUCAUAUACAUUAUUAAGACUGCCGAGGAUACGGAAGGCAAUACUGUCUCAUCCAGAGCCACUGUUAUGGUAUAACAAGAAGAGAGUGGAGUUUGAACUGCUGCAUUUAAAGUUAAUGAACAGAUUGAUACCAUUUAUACAGUGCAUGGAUGAGAAUGGUGUGGUCAAAGAGUCGGAUCCUAUGCUGCAGGCGAUAAAGAGUCGUAGGGAUGAGUUAUUGCGAAAGGUCCGUAAGAGGAUGAAUUGGGAAGGAAGUCGUUUGAAUGAUCUCAAUGAGAUAAAUGUACUGAUGCUCAUGUAAUUGUGUUGUAAAUGACAGUAUUAAAUGAAAUGUAAAUGUCCAACAAUUCACUACAUAAUGUAGUUUUUUUAGGGCGUCUAAAACAUAAAAUAUUAAUGAGCUCAUGUGGGGUUUGACUUCCGACAAUAUGAAUAGUGUUUUGUUUUUCCGCCGUAAUUCAUUAAUUUUUCUGACGUGUAUUAUUGGAUUUUUAAGUUGUGUUUGAUAACUGAAAAAAACGGUACGUACACUUUUAUAAGUGUUCAUAGUAAUGUAAUUACGUACCGCGUAAAUGUAUAAAUCGGUAACUUUUAAAAUUCAUUCUGAUGAUGUUAUAUCCGUAUUAUGCAAUAAUCGUCGCAAGUGAUAGUUAUGCAAUAGUUCAUACUUUCAACAAUUUACUACUAUGUUUAUAUGCAUUUAUUGUUCAAUUCGUAUGUCUGUUUAAAUAUUAUGUCUUAAAGCGAGAAUUCCUGUCUAGUUAAA